GUUGCUUACUCUUCUAUUGCAGCAUCGUUUCAAUUAUUCCCCCUCUGAAUAAGAGUGAGAAAAUCACAGAAGGAGAGAUUUUCUUCUUCUUCUUCUUUCUUACUUCUUUUUUUUUCUUCAUUAAACCCUGGAUACAAAACAAUCUCAGAAGAUUGAAAAUUCUCCCAUUUGUUACGCUUCGCAUAUUCUACAUUACAAUUUUCUUGAUCAUGAUAAUUCAUUUCGGAUAACCAAGUUGUUUUAGAUUCUUCGUGUCACGGUUCAAUGAAAAAUUAUUUUUUAUUAUUUUUUGCUUUUCUUUUCCUUCUGAAGUUUUUUGGGGAUCAGAUCUUUGAAAGCUGAGGAGUUUGGAGGUACUGAUUUCGAUUUUUGAUGGUAUGCUCUAUCGGAAGUGGGAAAAUGACAGCCUUGCCCAGGCUUCUGGAUACUGGAACUGUCUCACACUCACAGAGUGUAAUGGGUAAAGAGGAAAUAGGGUCCGGAAAGUUAACUGCAACAUACAUAAGGCGAGAAAUUCAGGAGGCUGAUGAAGCAAAUUUGCUUGAUGAAGAAGAUAUGCAUAUUUUUGGUUUGAGGCCAAUGACAGAUUUUUUGGAUUUGGUGUGCUGCAACUUAUGCAAAAAGCCAAUAAGGACCAGUCAUUAUGCUGCACAUGCAGAGCUUUGUAAAUACCUAAGUUCUAUAGACGUUAUUAGUCCGGAGCUUCAUGGCCCUGCAGUAAAUAAAAAACCUCCACGGAAGGAGAGGAAAAAAUCUGCUCAAACCAAAAAAGCUUCAUCAAUCAGAGAGCUGAGGAAGUUUGAUGGUGUGGUCGCUGACAAUAUAGCUGCCUCAGAAUCUCAUUUUGAGGGCAAGGUUCAAAUGAAUGCGGCUGCUGAAGUUCAAUGUAUAUCUUCUUUAUUGAUGGCAGCCGAGAAUCCAGCAAACCCAGGCACUAAGAAUCUGUGUAAAACAGCUGCUGAGAUUCAUGUUCCAGCUCCCCUUGCCACCAAAAUGUAUUAUUCUCAAAGAAAUCAUCAUCUUAGAAGAGCCAUUUCUCACAUGUUCUUUGGGGAGCCGAGCAAGGAGGUUUCAAAUGUUGAAGUGUCACAACAAGCAAAUGCAGGCUCUACACAAACUUCAGCUCCAAGCAAUUUUUAUGAUGAACAAGCACCAAGGGACGACAUUUAUUCGCAUGUGGCUCAAAAACCUGAUCAAAUUCUUGCAGCAAAGUCCAUAUCUGUUUCAUCCAUGAACACAGCUUAUCAGCUCCCCAUGAAUAAUGCUAUGGGCUCUCAUUACUCAUCCAACUCUUAUUCUUUUGCUGGCAAAGCAGGAAACUCUCUAGGUACUCUUCAACAGGGAAAAGGAAGCGUACCGGUUUUGUAGGGAGAUUUUUGUCUUGGUAAAACUGUUCUAUUUAAUCGAAGUAACGAUUUAGGCUUAAAUUCGAGGGGAAAAACAAAAAAAUGCUUAGAGGGGUAGCUUGCGACGUUGAGAAUUUGACUCGCGCAUUGUGCAGGGUACAUAAUUGUCACUAAUUUAGUCAACAUCCCUUAUAUUUUGUUAAUAUAAAUGAUCAUCAAUAUUUGGUUUAGUAGCAAACCAAAAGAUGUUAUCUCUCUCUUUCUCACACAAACAGACACACACACAAAUUCGAUGUUUGUUGAUUGGCCAGCAGGUGAGUAUGUUAUGAAGUUUUUUCCAGGUGAUUCAUGUUUGUUCACACUUUUGGACCAAUAAUUAUUAGUUUGAGUUUGUUG